ACAUGACACGGAAGUACUCAGAGUCAUUUUAUUAACAAGCAGAAGCUUCGCUAAAAACGAGUAACCACAUAAAAAUAAACAAAAAAACAAGGAUGAUCAAGGCUAUUCUUAUUUUUAACAACCAUGGGAAACCCAGGCUCAUCAGAUUCUACCAAUAUUUUGCAGAAGACAUGCAGCAACAGAUCAUCCGGGAGACCUUUCAUCUGGUGUCCAAAAGAGAUGAUAAUGUCUGCAAUUUCCUGGAGGGUGGAAGUUUGAUCGGCGGCUCUGACUACAAGCUGAUCUACAGACACUAUGCCACUCUGUACUUUGUGUUUUGUGUGGACUCAUCAGAGAGUGAGCUGGGGAUUCUAGAUCUCAUACAGGUCUUUGUGGAAACCCUGGACAAGUGCUUUGAGAAUGUGUGUGAACUGGACUUAAUCUUUCACAUGGAUAAGGUCCAUUACAUUCUCCAGGAAGUUGUCAUGGGCGGGAUGGUUCUGGAAACUAACAUGAAUGAAAUAGUCGCCCAAGUGGAGCUGCAGAAUAGAAUGGAGAAAUCGGAGGGUGGUCUGUCUGCAGCACCGGCACGAGCUGUUUCUGCUGUGAAAAAUAUGAACCUUCCUGAAAUACCCCGUAACAUCAAUAUCGGGGACAUCAAUAUAAAAGUGCCCAGUCUCUCCCCGUUUUGAGUUUGCAUGUCUGAUCUUUGUGUUUUAUCGUUGUCAUUGUGUGUUGACAUUCAUAGCCAUAGAUGCUGUCUCCCUAAUGCCAUUUAUGGACUCCAUGACUGACUGUCACAUGAGGACUCUUACAAGUCCAAAGCACACUACAGGGUCCAAUCAUU